AAAUUCGCGGUAACUGAAUCUAAGAACUUUUUAUAAAAUGCGAUAAACAUUAGGAUUUGGCCUACCUCAAGAUUUUUCAACAGAUGCCACAUAUGCAUGAUUUUUUGUGCGAGUAUGCGUAUUAACAAUAUUGCGACCGGUUAUAAUCCAAGGCGAAAGCUCAUUAGUCCAAGACGAACAUAACUAUGAUAGUAAACAUUAUGAGAUAUAAGUUUCUGAGAUAAAUCACACCUCAAGCAGAUCAUUUAAACUCCGAAAUGACUAUUACAUGCGUUCAUGUGCCACGCUCGGAAUUUCCCGUCUAGCGAUCAGUGGCAGUGUGAGAAGCCAUGCUGUACAUAUAUUGUGCGCAGCGGCAGCUCUAUCUUGCGCUCAGUGGUUACUUGUUUUUGGAGCUGAGUGGUCGACGAUUUCCUGGCUCUUAGCUUCAGACUAUGUAUGCGUGUGUGGUUGGCGUGGCAUCCCCUAUUAUGGUGUUAAGUGUUCCGUGAUCAUUUUUCUCCUGGUUUUCGCUGAAAUAUCAAGUGUUAAGUUAUACAGGCAGCAACAUUUUUUAUUCCCGGAGUAAUAUCGAUAAAUUACCGCCCAGUGCAUUGGUAGUUUUGUUAGAGGAUUUCAUUGUGUAAAAUUAGAAUUAUGUGGCAAACAGGCGGCGUGACCAGGCCUGAAGGCCAUUCGAAGAGAUCAAACGACGAGGGGGGCUCUCUCAGUCCAGGAGGAGACAAUUAUAAAUCUGUCUACGAUUCACAUUCCGACUCUGGUUUUCUGUCGGGAUCGAAUCUGGUAUCGAGUAGUAGUGUUGAAGACUACAACUUGAGCACAAACAAUCAGCCGAGCCAGACUCUUCUAUCACGGACUCUGUCUGGAAGUUCUAACGAUGCUUCUCACGGAGGUCACCAUCUUGACUCCCAACUAUCUUCCUCUGCUAUUACAUCCUCCGGCUGCCUUGAUUCUGGUAUCGAUAUUUCCGAUCAGAUGAAUUCGUUGCAAUUGCGCUCGAGCACACAAAACUACGAAGAUUCAGUCGAGAACAACACAAGUGACGAUCCUUCAAAUUCGAGGAUUUCAGAAGAUAGCCACAGCAGAAGAGAUGCUGGCUGCAAUCUGGAAAUUUCUCGCAGUCACGUCACCCUUUUACGAGAAGUUUUCAGUCCGGAUAAAGAUGGAGACACGCAGCUUCAUGUUGCGGUAAUGAGGGGCUUCAUUGAGGUGGUCUAUCACAUUACUCGGCUCCUGCCUCAUCAAGCUUUCCUCGACCUCGCUAACAACUCUGGCAGGACGGCUCUGCAUUUGGCUGUGAGCGCUGGAGUGCCGGCCAUUGCUCGCCACUUGAUAGUGUGUGGAGCCUCGCCAGUUGCAAGAGACCUGCGGGGGAACACCCCCCUACACGUGGCCUGUGGUCGGAAGGACGCCGCCAUGGUUACUCACCUAACCAGGCCCGUCACUGUCACUGAGGUGAUGAACGCCCAUCUCUCCUAUGCCCCCACCCACACGCCAGGCCUCGUCGCUGCCGACCUCACUAACUAUCAGGGUGAGACGUGUGUGCACGUGGCUGCUAUGGCCGGUGAUAAGGAGAUAUUGCAGCACUUGACGUGGUACGGCGCCGACGUCAAUGCCAAGGAAUGCCGGAGUGGUCGCACUGCCCUCCAUCUCGCAGUUGAGGCUCGCGACCCUGAACUCGUUGCUCAUAUUGUGACCGCGUGUCGUGCCUCCGUUACCAUCGAGACGUACGCAAGACUAUCUCCUUACCAGCUCGCGCUCGCCAACGGUGCUACGGGAAUAGCGACGCAACUUCUGGACUUGGGCGCUCCUGCGCAGCUCUUGCCUGCCGCUUACACCCUCGACGACGACGACGACGAAGAUUACGAUGACCAGUACAGCUAUACCCAGGAAACCGAAUCUGGCAGUACAAUGAACGGAUGGCGAGAUGUGGACGACAUUCGGUUGGCAGGCGUGUCAGUCCAUCAUUCUUCUCUCUCAGCAAAUCAGGCUUUGGGCCCUCCGGUAUCUACGGCUCCGCAAACCAUCAAUGCUGAUCUCUACUUCUAAACGACGCUCACACCACGUCGUCUUUUUUUUCUAGCAAGUUUAGAUGAAACGCUUUAACCUUCCUUUUGGCGACAAUUUUAUCCUGGUCGCCAUUAUAAGCGAUUCAAAAGUGAUAAUUUGUAAAAUGUAUUUCAAAGUUCUUGAGAACAUCGUGUUUCCAAUAAUCGCUUAUUCGCUGGUAUCCGAAAGUGAUAAAAUAUUGCACGUUUCUUGGUUGCCUAUCAUUGAUCUAACAAGAAUGGACAUUUUUAUUUCUUGGGGACGUUGGAAGAGAGCAGAUUACAUUCAAUUAAUUACAUUAAGCAGAUUUAAUAGCAGUCAUUCAUUCAAUUUAUCAUCGAACUAAUAUAAUCCUCUAAUACUUCUGUAAACACAUUUGAUUUCAUUCAAAGUUCAUGCUGUGGGCAUUACCCACUGGUGAGACCGAUCGAUGUACAAUAUUCCUUGUUCUUUGAAGUUUACUGUUAUUAUGGUUCUGUAAGUGCGCUGAGAUAAUUCAAAUAAUGAAUACAAUUUCUUAUGUUGCUGUCAGCCUGUCGGAGACUUCUUACAGGUGGAUUACAAAAAUUUCUAUGUAUCCCAUCCAUAAUUUUUAGCACUGCAAUGGAAAUGAAUCUGAUGUCAAUGGAGGCGCGUUUUAUCUAUCACGCUAUACGUGACCUGCGUUUCUUCUGUUUCAGCUCGUGCCUAUUGCUUUGGCGGCUGAUGUUCAUGCAAUUUCCACAACGUUGUUGAGUUAAGCAAGCUAUUGUUACCAGCUUUAUCAUGAAUAAUUAGUGAGCUUCAUUGUUGCCUAAUGUAGGAUACAUUAUAACAUUUCUAGUAGGUCUGUAGACUUAAGUCAAAUGAACGAUAAGUGGUAUCCGAAGCCUUACUGAAGUCGUAAGUCUUGCUGGAAUUUUAUUUAAGCUAAUUAAUUAUUAGUUUCCAGCGCCGAAUGCUUAGCACUCGUUAGCGUUUUUAUAAACUUCCAGCGACAAUCUUUAAUCGAGGUCAAGACUGUCCCUCAAAACCUGGCGGAAUCGUCCAUUUUUUAAUUCUUCAAAGUUGAACUGCAUUAUAUGGAUGCGUUCUACUUGAUAAAUAUACCUUGUCAUUUUCACAAUAAUUCUACAAUCGAAAUGUAUUCUUAGGCGCUUGAAGCUGCACCAUAGAUUGAGCAGCCUUCAUAUUAAUUUGGAGGAAAGAAACCAGCUUGUGCGGUUACUGGCCUUUUCCCUUAUUAUGUAACGUGCUCCGCCAAGCUUAUGUACACAUCUGAGUUUGUUCAAGUCGGCAUCUAAAGUUACCUCUUUUUAGCAGUAUGGAAUUCAGGUUAGUUUUGCCUAGUAACAUAUAGUUCUACUAAGCUCACUCACAUCUUGGUAUCGAUGGCCAUAUAUUUAGGUGUUAGCGAGGUUUCUACGAAGCUUUUUUCCGGAACAAAGGUGACUCAAAUUAUACAAUAAAAAUCUGAAUUCAA